AAGUCGGCUUGAUCUGUCUGCACGCACCGCGAGGGGCGCGAGGCGACCGCGGUCCGCGGAGGCACAGGCAGUUGCGCGCGCGCCUCGAGCUAAGGCGCGCGGAUACAUUCGUAGCUCGUACCUAUAAUGUGAUUUGUAACACUUCAGUGCACAACAAGGAUUUAUUGUCAACAUCGAACAAAAUGGAGUGCUACACAUCCGACAGCUGUGAUAGCGACAGUAGGGAACAAAAGACUCUGGACCUGUCCAACCAGUUGUUGGACACGAACGGUCUGGCGCUGGAACUAAAAGGGAUUGUCGAUGAGAAGGACUGCGCGGAAAAUUACGAGAUCGUUCUCCUGUAUAGCAACAGAAUAAGCGCAUUACCCGAGACUAUAAACAGGUUUUGCAACUUGAAGAUAUUGGACGUCAGCCACAACAGACUCAAGACCCUACCUGAUCUGCUGAAGUAUUGCCCACUUACAUCCCUCAUAGCUAAACACAACUUGCUAACUAACGAAUCGCUGCCAAAAUGCUUCUUCUCCGCGAAAAACACUUUAAAGGAACUUAAUCUUAGUGGGAACCAACUCAGCUCUUUCCCAGAACAAGUAAUAGAGUUAACAUCACUGCGUUAUCUCUAUAUGGGCGGAAACAAUAUAGUCAAUAUACCAAAGGAUAUAUGGAAACUCAACAGUUUACAGAUUCUUUCACUAGGAGGAAACCAAAUCAUCGAAGUCCCCGAUGCAGUAGGAAGACUAACGGGUCUGCAGGCCCUUGUGUUGAGUGACAAUCAUAUAGAACAGCUCCCGAAUAGUAUAGCAAACCUGAACCAGCUGCGGUCGCUGCUCAUCCACAGAAACAAACUUAAAACACUGCCUACUCAAAUCAUCAAAUUAAGAUGCCUAACAGAGCUGAGUCUCCGAGACAACCCUCUCGUGGUGAGGUUCGUGCGAGACAUGACACUGCAGCCCCCGUCUCUCCUAGAACUCGCUGGCCGGACCAUCAAGCUACAUGAGAUCCCCACCUUGCCCGGCGAGGUCCCGAGGGACCUGAUCAACUAUUUAGGCGCAGCGCAGUGCUGCGUUAAUCCGAAGUGCAAAGGCGUCUUCUUCGACAACCGCGUGGAGCACAUCAAAUUCGUCGACUUCUGCGGCAAAUACCGGAUCCCACUUCUGCAGUACUUGUGCAGCUCCAAAUGCAUCACAGGCAGUUGGGAGAGCAGGGAAACUGACAGCAACCCCCAUCCUCACAUGAUGCGGAAGGUUCUUCUGGGAUAACGCCCAAAAUUAUCAUGAAAUACCCGUGUCUGUGAUUACUGGAAUACUAUUGGAAAAGCUCUAUAGCGCUAACAGACGGGCCUACUGGACUUCAACCGGUGUCAGGCUAUGAUAAUUUGACAUACGAGAGAAGCUAACCUGACCAGACCAAGGUCGCAGGCACGUACGCCCGUCUGUUACAGGUUUUAAAAUCUUGAUCAUGAGGACCUUAAGACUUCUGAUCUCUGGCUUGCAUGAAAGGCUUUCUAGUAAAAUACUUUGUGAUACCAUUAGUAAAUAAUUAUUUAAAUAAACAAAAAGCAUAUCAUAAUAUAUUUUAAAUAUGUUUGGCUUUUGAAUGCAGGUAUGAAAUUGAGAUUUUUUACACCUUUUAAUUUGAAAACAAACUAAAAUUUACACGAGUUUAAUAAGUUAAGCUUAGAAAGGAUUGGAUAACUUCAGAUAAGAAUGAUAAUAAAAAUAAAUAUAGGUGUUUUUAUAAAUUCAAACCUAGUUUGAAGCAUAAAAAAAUAUUAUCAUCCGUUCCAGAUGUCUGUGAUUUCAAAAUUAAGAGGAGAAUGGUUCAGCGAGUGUAGACGAAUGCACAAACGCUCACGAAACGAAACGCUCGUAGAUAUCUAUAUCUAUCGCUCUUGCUUAGCGCGACAGUCAGACUUCCUUUCGCGGCGUUUCGUUUUUGUUUUGCGUCGUAGAAAUGCAAUUCGGCUAUGGGGCCAGGUUUAUGAGCUUCAAUAAAAAUUUAGAUUAUUUUAUUGCAUAUUUUUGUAUCCAAGUUUUAAUAGGUACAUUGUGUUAUACUGUAUAUUUUGUUUAACAAUUUGUUUUAACUAUAAGUAACUACAAAUCAUUUAUUUCCUUAUUACUCUAAAUAAUAAAAUAAAUGUUAUUGAAAGUUUCUU